AACACAUCGCACUCCUCUAAAUACGUGUGCUGCGCAUAGAACGUCUCUCCAGUCGCGCCAGUGCAGAACAGAUAUGGCUUACAAUGAUGAUGCCGUCAAGGCGAAGCUCACGUCCCUCAACGAGUCGCAAGACAGCAUCGUCACUGUCGCGCAAUGGAUCAUGUUCCACCGUCGUCACGCCGUGCAGACUGCAAAGCUCUGGCUCAACUCGCUUCAAGAGUCACCCAGUGCAAGCCGACGCCUCAAUCUGCUUUACCUUGCCAAUGAAGUUGUGCAGCAGUCUCGCGCUCGCGGUAAACUGGACUUCAAAACUGCCUUCGAACCGCUCAUCGCCGACGCAACCGCUCUCGCCUACAAGGGCGCAAACCAGGACAUUCAAACCAAAGUAAGGAGAGUGAUUGAUGUGUGGCGGUCCAGAAACAUUUUCGAUGCGCCCACACAACAGGGUAUCGAGAAGAAGAUGGACGACGUAGACAAGACAAAAGGCUCCAGUAAGCUAGGGGGAGGACCUGGAAGGCUGGGGGGAAGCUUGUUUGGGGGAGGUGGAAGCGGCGGAGUCGCGCCUGAACUAGACGCCAUCAACAAGAACCAAGUUGCGGUCAACAAAGCAGAAGCGGCAUACAAAACACCAGUCACCGCUGCAAGCGCAAAGUACACUGAGACGAUCGAUCCAUCCACUCCUGUGCCCAGUGCGCCAGUUCGAGCCGCAAAGUUGCGAGGGCUGGUCAAGGAUCUGAUGGCGGCCCAGAACGCAGUAGAGGCCAGUAUGAAGUCCCGUCGAGAGCUGGUAGCUGGAUUGGAAAAGCUCGUUGCAUCAAAUCGCGCACAACUCGCUCAAGAAGAAUCCACUUCUCGCGACAUCGGCACUAAGAUCGACAACAUGGAGGCUACUAUCAGAGAAGUCGAGGACAGCAUCAUGCGUGGAGUGGACCCGUCCCCGGUGCAUGGCAACGGCAACGGCCUCGAAUUCGAGCGCCCUGAAACAGAAGGCUUUACUCCACCGCCUCCUGAGAUCGAGUCCUUCACUCCGCCUUCUACUCACGGCGAUGAGGACGACACUGCAACCAAAACUACGCCACAGAAGCGACUUUCCGGCGAUUCCACAGGCGCAGAGCCGGCAGAGGUGCCGCCUCCCAACAUGCCAGAGCCACCGCCAGUACUUCCGGGGGCGAUGAAUGGUGCAGCAGAAACUCAAGCACUUCUUGCCAACCUCGGGUCACUCAAAGGUGGCCCGAUCAGGACCCCAUCGGGGGAAAUUCCAGCAUCAUCUUCGGCUGGAAGUCCUGGGGACCCGCGGCUGAAGCGAAGGAAAAUGAGCCACAGAGCGAGUACGGAUAUGGACGAUGAGAUCUUUGGGAAUGGGAUGGGGGGUGUGGACGAGGACGGCAUCAGUGCGAUGUUGGGGCAAUAGAUGAAACCUCGUCGAGCAAGACUCAUGUUUGGCGCGACUAACGCAUUAUUAAGGACGGCGUGCCACAGUGGCCAUUGGUCAUAAGCAGGUGCAUCGACCCUCUAUUAGAAGAGGGCUCACUCGGUGCAAGCAUGUAGAGGCCCAAACUCGCUAAGCAUCAAUGAAAAAGGGCCAAUCGGCUUCCAAU